GGCGUCCACCAGAGCGCUGCCAUGGGGUAGACGUAUAAACCACUCGCUCUCCACCUCACUUUGCCCAAAAUCACUUAAUCUCGUGUUCAGCAUGAACUUCGUUAUUCAAAUUACGUCAACUUUACACGAACUAAGGCGACUUAGAGGAGCAGGAACAAAAGGAUUUAAGCAGAAAUGUCGGGGAAAAAAGGCAAACGUAGACAGGAUUUUAAUUUGGCGAAUGAUCUGACAGUUUAUGACUAUGCUGAUUCAUCAAGACCACAAGCUUGCGCACGAAUAAAGAAGGGCAUGUCUUGCAAUGUCAUCAGAGAAGUAAAGACAUUGGGUGCUACACAAAGUGCACAACAACUAAAAGAAGACCUGAGCUGGUUUGAAAAAGACAUUGAAGACUUUGAUGUAACUCUUGACAAAGAGAGGGAGAAUUUGAAGCAGAAGACAGUGACCUCUAUCUCUGGGAUGCACACUAGUAGUAAAUUCUUUGAGCCUUUCUUCCUCUUUAUGUGUGUUGAGAGUGGGAGUGAUGAAGAAACUCAAGGAGCCACGGCUGCACCAACUCGCCGAAAAGGUCGGAUAUCAAAACAAUCAGCGGAACAGGAAAAGAUAGGAGUUACCUACCCUGCUGAUCUGUGGUACAUCUUGGCUGACUAUAUCUAUCCUGAGUCAGUGGGGCGGUUUGGAGUUUUAUGUAAGGAUGCUUAUGCCACCACCAAGAAAAGAGCAUUCUGGAGAAGUCUUUACAACAGGUAUUACAGCAAGGAAAAGGAUCUUCCUGCAGACCUUAGGCCUCAGGCAAUGGAGCGAAAUCAUGGUCUGCGGGCUCGCUGUAUACGAGCACUGUACUUCCUUUCCCCAGUUUUAGUCGAGCGUGUACGAUUGCAUGGUCCUUUUGAAUCAGAUGCUCACACACUAGUUGGCUAUAGGUGUCUGCUAGCUUGGCACCAGCCAGCACAAGGCAAAUGGCAUUUCUGCUUCAAGCUGCAAAGGCUCUCCCCACUUUAUCAGCCCUCUACCAACAGAUAUACACGUUGUGAAGACAUCCGAAAUGGCUACAACAAUAUUUAUUACAACCCGGAGGAGGGCUGCUGUGUGCUUCAGGUGACCAGCACCCACUUUUCCUCUACCUCCCCAGCCGUCAUGGGUCAGCUGUUGUCUGGUGUUCACAUCUCCCUUAGUCAUGGCUUUCGACAUCAACGCAUUCGCCUGAGCUUUGACAGCAGUCAUGUUACAGCAGCCUCUCUCUCGUCAGGUCACGCAGUUGAAUGUGUGCUGGAUCCUGUGGUGGCCAUAAAGAUUUUUCAUUGGUGGGAUCCCAGCUAUCCUUUCCCCACUUAAAUCUGACUUGUGAUUGCCAGACCAAUGCCAAACUAAAGAUUUUCAUUAACUUAUUAUUUGGGUUUUUUUUAAAAAAAGCAGUGGAAGAUCUUUGUAUUAGUUCAUCUUGUGCAGUGUCUAUCUUGAGUGAUUAUGUAACAUUAUAGUGCCAGGAGAACUGGAUAUAUUUUUGCUUACAUCUUUUCUGUAAGAAAGAACAUGCAGUGAGCCUUACUGGGUUGGAGUUUUUUGGGAGGUUCAUGAUAGUGUGUUGCAGCCAUUCAGGGAGUAUUUUUUUCAAUUUGUUUGCUCAUCACAAUUUUGAUGGUGCUGCCUAAUGUUCCAAGCACAAGCUUUAUCGGUUGUGAAUAAAUGGAGUUAGUAAUGCCAGCAAAUGCUGAAAAGACCAAAGCUAUGAUUUUGGACAGUUUUGUUAUCUUUCUUUUUCCAUUUAGUUGGGACCAGCAGAUGUGGUGCCAUCUUUUUUGUGAUAGAUCAUUUUGCAAAUUAUUUCAUCCUUUAAAGAACUACAAAGAAUAUCAAGUAGGCUUUGGAGCUGGAUAAUGACUGCUGCAUUCCUUUAUAUUUACAAGACCAGUGAUCUCAGCUGUGCACAGGUUUUAAGAUGAAGGAGUGUCAAAUUAAUGGUUUUAUGAAAGUCUUUGGUAAAAGUUGCUCAUAAAAUAAUGCACAAGUAGAGAACAAUUAAGAAAAAUCAUGUUUGAAGACAAAGAUGCCUAGAUUUUGGGAAAUCAUGCAUAAAAAUUGAUAAACAGAUAACUUUGAAGUAUGAAACUUUUUGAUUUAGUACAUUUAUAGGUUUUAGUAUGUGCUUAUUUUGGAAGAUGACCUGUGAGAACUGUGAUGUCAGUGUUGUGGUACAAUUAUUGUUGUUAGAAGUUCUGCAAAGACCAUACAUGAGAGAAAUAGAUUGCUUGAGGCAACUUGUUCUCAAAGUUAUGUAAAAUGAGCAUAACAGCAUUUGGCAUGCUGGAGUCUCUACACACUUCAGCUGCCUUGGGUCUUUUGUAAGCACAGCAAAAUUAGUUGAAAUAAAGCAUUAUAUUUAUUUUGCAUAAGAAUAGAAAUGUGUUGGGGAAACUAUGCAGAACAAUGAAGGUGAUGAAAAGAUGAAUGUAGGCUUUUCUUUGUUAAUGGCUAUUGUCAAAAGUGUUGAGUUUUCAACAAAAAUAAUGUGACUGGGUUGCAGGAACUGGGGCACAAAAUAAACAUGAUUAAGUCCCCACAA